AUGCCGUCUGUAGUAGAAGAUGAGAUGAGAAAAUAUGAAGAGGUAGUGAAAAAUAGUAGUGAAUUGGUGGACAAAACUGUGAAAGAAGCAGAGCUUUCCAUCAAUGUCCCUUUGAUGAAAGCUUUAGAGCAAAUGCCCGAUUAUGUCAAGUUCAUGAAGGAUAUGGUUACAAAGAAGAGAUCAGUAAGUUUUGAGGAUGAUAAUCGGAUGCAUCAUUGUAGUGCUACUGCUACAAGAGCACUAUGUGAUCUCGAUGCAAGCAUAAAUCUCAUGCUUCUCUCAAUUUAUAAGAAAUUGGGUUUGGAUGACCCAAAGUCAACUGCAAUGCGGUUAUUGAUGGCCGAUAGAAUAGUGAAGAUACCCACUGGGAUACUCUAUGAUGUGCUCGUGAAGGUGGAGUCAUUUAAGUUUUCGACCGACUUUGUAAUUUUUGACUGUGAGGUGGAUUUUGAUGUUCCUAUUACUCUUGGGAGGCCAUUCCUUGCUACUGGUCGCGCCUUGGUUGAUAUGCAAAAAGGGCAGUUAUAG